AUGCGGCCCUCGCGGACGCGCCUCCAGUGCGCGCACGAGCAGGUCCGCCAGGUCCCGUGGCUGCCCCCUGCUGACCGCUGGCCAACGACCUGGCAGGCGCCGGAGAGCUGCGACAGCUGCGCCGCAGAGCUGCCGAGGGGUCUGGACGAGAGGGCGGCGAUGCGCUUCCAGAUCAAGGUGCGGCUCGAAGCGAGCGGGCUGGUGGUGACGGCCUACUCGCGCUCGCGCUGCAAGGCCGCGCUGCUGGCGGGCGACACGCUGGGCUUCGCCGACAGCUUCGAGGACCGCGGGGGAGUCUGCUGGGCGGACACGGCGGAGCUCCGCCGGCGGCGGGAGCUGGCGCGGGCCAGCCAGGGGCGGGCGCUCCCGAGCCAGAAGCGGAAGAGGGACUGA